AUGUAUAAAUCAAUCAUUAUCAUCGUGCUCUUAUACACUCUCAGCUUCUUCGCAACAGUCUCAGCGUUACCAAUCGGCAUGAAAAGAAGUGGAAUAGAUUCGGCCGAUGAUACCGCCUUUGGAUUGUCAGUAACAAACAAGCACCAAGAUGAUUCUAUAAUCGUCAAAAGGGAUUUAAACUCAAAAAAGAAUAUUGCCGAGGUGGCAAACAUCCGAAAACGUGCUGACGACCCAUCACUCGCAGCUGAAGCGGAGAUUAUUAUGUCUACAACGCAUUCCAAAAAGAAACCCCUUCUGGUGGAAGAACUUCCGCCGCAAGUAACCUCUUACCUUUCGAGAUAUCCAGUAAAUGAACGCGCCUGCGUCGUUAGGAAGUUAUUGGCUUAUGCCGUAGGCAGUUUCGAGCAAAAGUCUGAUGAGAUUCCCAAUAAGCAAGCCCAUCAACCAUUUUCUCGGGGAUGCGAAGAAAUUACGAAACAGAAUACGGACAAUGGGUUUGCAACCCCUGAUGAAUGGAUGGAUUGUUUAGUCACACUUCCAAAAAAGAUGGUUGACGAGAUGACUCAGACACCAGGCGGAUACGUACAUACACCUGAAAAGAUGGCCAGGGGUACGAGAGGGUACAAGAAACUGUUUGCCGAACUACCGCAUAAAAAAUUCGUUACAAACGAAAAUCCUAGACCGCGAGUUGAUUCAGAACACGAGACUCCAAGAACUUGCUCGUCUCCUGAACCAUCAAGUUGCUCCACGAUAGCUUCGGACGAAGACGAGGAUCCACAAGGUCAUACGUGUCGCAGGGAUCCAUUCCUUGUCCACGUACCAAAGAAAUCCAAAAGGGCUUUGCCGCAGAAUUCUCGCCGCAUCCCGCUCACCACUCGUGUCGUGUCACAAAAUAAAUCUCCGGUGGAGAUUGCUAGUGAAUUUCUCGACAAUGCAUUUAUGGCUUACCUCGAGCCCCCUCCAAAGGAAGGUUGUAACACGGAAGUUGACGACCAUUUAAAAGGGAUCAUCUUGAAAGCCAGGAAAAAAGCGUUAAGAAAUGAUUUCCUUUUAGCAGAAUAA